CUUUUCCAUAGGCUGGCAGCAGAGGUUAGGGUGCCACAAACUGGGCCACAUGAGCUUGUGGUGCAGUCAGGCAUUUACAAGUAAAGUCACAAAGUUAGCCGACAUUCCCUCCUGACGGAAAACCCCGCUCAAUGGUCUCAUAAUCUUUCAUUUUUUAAAUUCCUUCUUCCUUGCUGAUGGAUAAUGGGACUUUAACCAUGUGGCAGAUAGCUGAUCAGCUUCCUUGGAUUUCGCUGACGACACUGCUUUGUUUCGCCUGAAGAUGGAAACACUUGAGUCGGAGCUGACCUGCCCAAUCUGUCUGGAGCUUUUCGAGGACCCGCUGCUUCUGCCCUGUGCCCACAGUCUGUGUUUCGGCUGCGCCCACCGCAUCCUGGUCUCCCACUGCACGUCCAACGAGUCUGUGGAGUCCAUUAACGCCUUCCAGUGCCCCACUUGUCGCUAUGUCAUCACCCUCAACAAGAGGGGCUUAGAGGGACUCAAACGCAACGUGACUCUCCAGAACAUCAUUGACCGCUUCCAGAAGGCCUCCGUGAGCGGGCCCAACUCCCCCAGCGAGACGCGACGCGAGCGCACCCUCGACGACGGCACCAUGACCUCGCCAAGCGAGGCGGUGCAGUGCCAGUUCUGCGAGCAGGACCCACCGCAGGAUGCCGUCAAGACAUGCGUCACCUGCGAGGUGUCCUACUGCGAGGAGUGCCUGAAGGCCACGCACCCCAACAAGAAACCGUUCACGGGCCAUCGGUUGAUCGAGCCUUUGCCCGACUCGCACCUGCGCGGGCUCAUGUGUUUGGAGCACGAAGACGAGAAGGUGAACAUGUACUGUGUCACCGACGAACAGCUCAUCUGUGCCUUGUGCAAGCUGGUGGGUCGACACCGUGACCAUCAGGUGGCGGCCCUCAGUGACCGCUACGAGAAGCUCAAGCAAGGACUGGAUGCAAACCUCAGCAAUUUAAUUAAGAGGAACAAUGAACUGGAGGCGCUCAUGGGCAAGUUGAUCCAAACAUGCCAACAUGUGGAGGUGAAUGCAUCACGACAAGAGGGCAAGUUGAUUGAAGAAUGUGAUAUGCUGAUUGAUAUCAUUCAGCAAAGGAGGCAAAUUAUUGGAACGAAAAUAAAAGAAGGCAAGGUUGCAAGGCUGCGCAAACUGGCACAGCAGAUUGCCAACUGCAAGCAGUGCAUCGAGAGGUCGUCCUCACUCAUCACGCAGGCAGACCAAACGCUCAAGGAGACGGAUCAUGCCCGCUUCCUGCAAACAGCCAAAAGCAUCACAGAGAGGAUUUCUAUGGCAACAGCAUCAUCUCAAGUUCUGAUACCUGAAAUCAAUCUGAAUGACACAUUUGACACGUUUGCAUUGGACUUCAGCAGAGAGAAGAAGAUGCUGGAAUGUCUGGAUUACUUAACAGCUCCAAACCCUCCGGGGAUCCGUGAGGAGCUGUGCACGGCAUCGUACGACACCAUCACCGUGCACUGGACUUCGGACGACGAGUUCAGCGUGGUCUCCUAUGAGCUUCAAUACGCAAUUUUCACCGGACAGGCCAAUGUUGUCAGCUUGUGCAACUCGGCCGACAGCUGGAUGAUCGUGCCCAACAUCAAGCAGAACCACUACACGGUACACGGGCUGCAGUGUGGCACCAAGUACAUUUUCAUCGUGAAGGCCAUCAACCAGGCGGGGAGCCGCAGCAGCGAGCCCGGCACGCUGAAGACCAACAGUCAGCCUUUUAGGCUCGACCCCAAGACAGCACAUAGGAAGCUGAAGGUCUCCCAUGACAACCUGACGGUGGAGCGAGACGAAACAUCGUCGAAAAAGAGCCAUGCACAGGACCGCUUCGCCAGCCAGGGCAGUUAUGGCGUCUUGGGAAAUGCGUACAUCGACAGUGGGCGACACUACUGGGAGGCCCUAAUUGGUGGAAGCACAUGGUACGCAGUAGGCAUCGCCUACAAGUCGGCCCCGAAGCACGAGUGGGUGGGGAAGAACGCAUCCUCGUGGGUGCUGAGCCGCUGUAACAACACCUGGGUGGUGCGCCACAACAGCAAGGAGAUGCCCAUCGAGCCGUCGCCCCACCUGCGGCGCCUGGGAGUGCUGCUGGACUACGACAGCGGCUCGCUCACCUUCUACGACGCCGUGGCCUCGCAGCACCUGUACACAUUCGACAUUGCCUUCGCCCAGCCCGUGUGCCCCGUCUUCAACGUGUGGAACAAGUGCUUGACUGUCCUCACUGGGCUGCCCAUCCCGGACCACCUGGAGAGGGCGGAGCUGGACAACUAG